AUGCAUGGUUUCGGUGUACCUGAACGGAAUGUUUGGAUAGGAAAUGACGCCAUCCAUCAGCUAACAAAGGGAAAGAACUCCUCCCUCUACAUCUCCAUCACACUUGUGAACGGUACAACACUGUACCAGUUGUACAAUCAAUUCUCCAUAUCUGAUGAGGCAGACAAGUAUCAACUAUUUCUGGCAGGACCAACCACGGGAACUUUAGGGGACUCAAUGUAUAAAACGAGGAGGUCUUCCGCUGAUCUGUCAGGGAUGGCUUUCAGCACCCCAGACAGAAAAAAUGACAAAUGUGUGUAUGACUGUGCUUCUUACUGGAAAUUAGGAUGGUGGAUGAAUUGCUGUUUUGACGCCUGUCUCAACGGUCUCUGGUCUGUGACAGGCUGGUCGGACCCAUGGUAUCCUCUAUGGUAUCAGCAGAACUCAAAAAGACCAGAAUCUGACCCAGAACUAGAGCUUGAGGAUGAGCUGGAGGAACUAGAACCAUAG